AUGGGCUUCCAAGCCCACCUGUGGCUUCUCGUCAUUGUCUGCGGCCUGAAGUCGCCGUCUGCCACCUCUGCUUGCACGACCGAGAGCUGUGAGGAGGAUGAUGCAGCUCUAGUCCAAACUGCGAAGCUUCGCAAAGAUGACGGGCACCAGGGCAUCUACAGAGAUCCGAGCAAGUGCAACAUCUUCACGCUUUGGGAGAAGGACGAGGAAGGCAAGGACGUGGCACUGAUGCCGAGAUUGGUCCUGGAGACUUGGAGAAGGCAUACCAGAGGCCUUUGCAACGACCCGGUCCUCAUUUCGGAUGAGAAUGUGAGGGAGCUCGUUCCAGAUCUUCCUGAAGAGUACUUCCGUUUGCCGUACUCUGCAGCGAAGUCCGACUUCCUUCGCUAUGGAAUGCUGUACCACCAUGGAGGAAUCUUCAUCGAUUUCGACAUGGUGGCCAUGGACGACAUGGACGACAUUGUUCGGAUGGCACAUACGUUGGACUUGCUCUCCUACAGCCCUCACGAUGAGAAAUGCAACGACUUUUCCUCGAACUUCCUCGGGGGUCGCCGCGGCAGCCCCUUCUUCAAGAAAGUGUGGGAGGAGCAAAAGUCAACCCUCACGAAUCACUGCGAAGCGGCAGACAGGCGGCGGCAAAAGGUUUGCUGCUUUGAGGACCCGAAACUGCAGUGCCACAUUCCUUGGGGCGGACUGGGGGAGCGACUCUCUCACAAGGUCUUUCUGCGAGAAAGGCCGAGCUCCGCAUUCUGCUUCACUGGUCCAGAGUCUUUCACGCCGAAUUUUUUCGCCUACGCGCUUGAGUGGAAGCCGCAGCUAGAGGAUGCCCAAGCAGUCUUCAGGGAGAAAAACAUUCCGGCCGCGUUAGACCGGAAAGUCUACCACCUCUUCAAUGCGUUGAUGCAUUGGAAGACGUAUAGCUGUGCGACUCUCUUCAAGGAGGGAACCCUGAUCGGACGCAUCAUGAACAAGACCUUCACUGUCGGCCGUGGCAAUCAGACUUCGUCCGAAGCUUCCAGCAGAGACUUCCUCAAAGCCCAUCCGGAGUUUGUCGAGGUGUCACGGCACCAUUUGUCACCGGACGGCCGUCAUUUGCCGUGCGUUGCGGCGCAGAUCGGUUAG